CACGAUCGAACGGUCGAACCCGAGAACGCGCGAGGCACAAACCUGCAGUCGCGCAAACAGAAUACACAAACCUUCAGGCGCCGAAGACGAUCGAACCGAGCGCCAAUAAGUUUGAAAAAACUCCGGUGAAAAAGGGCGACGAGAGCUCGAGAACCCUAGCCAUGGCCGGAGAGGCGGGAGGAGAACCCCGAGCGUGGCUGGCCGUCGAAGAGACGGCGGCGACCUUUAUCUCCCGCUCCCUCUCCUCGCGCCCCCCAAUUAUCCUCCCUCCGCCGCUCCACCGCGCGCCGCUACGCCCGGGCAACGUCGUCGAGAUCGCCGGCCCGUCCAACUCCGGCAAGUCCCACCUUCUCCUCAUGGCUGCAGUGCAGUGCAUAUUACCAAAGGAAUGGGAGGGCAUCUACAUUGGGGGCCUGGGGAAGUCAGUCAUGUACUUGGACCUGGACUGCCGGUUUGAUGUGCUGCGGCUGGCCCAAAUUCUGAGGAAACGCAUUGCAGAGGGUUCAGCACAUCUAAGAAAUGGAGACCUUGAAAAGGAUGGCACCAAGGACGAAUUUCAGAGUUCUUUUGAAAACGCGCUGUUCUCUGAUUGCAUGCAGCGUUUCUUGUAUGCCCGUUGUCACAACAGUUCUGAAAUUACAGCUGCUUUGAAGACUGUACAAUCUCAGUCAAGGAGUGAAGUUCUUGGUCUUGGCAUAUAUUUCGUUAUGAUAGACAGCAUUGGUGCUUUCUAUUGGAUAGAUCGUGCUUCUCAACCUGCCGGAGAGAAUAAAGGGAAAUCACUGCAGAGUGUUACUGAAACUGUUAUCCACGAGAUACGCAAGUUUUUGCAACUUCAACCUGCAUUGGUGUUGGUCACGAAGGCACCCAUUUAUGCGGAAGGCACUACAACAGCAAAUGACUUCAAUAGGGGUUCUUCGAAAUACAUGAUGGAGGAUUCAACCGUUUUGAAAUAUUCAAGACUGGAUGAAGAAAGAACUCUCUCUUGUCGGGAAUAUAUGCCAUCAAUAUGGCAGUCCUUUGUUACACACAGGAUAAACCUGCAAGAAGAAGCAGUUGUUCCCUCUGUGCAUGAAAAUGAGGUGCUUUCUACAUAUACUUCUGAGUGGAUGCAACCUUCCCUUAAAACAAAGGAGAAGUUUUCUAUUGUGGGUGAUGGUGUUAUCCUUGUACAGUGAAUUUACCAGUCUCUGGCUUUGUGCUGAUGAAUGUGACCUACCUCAUGAAAUCUUUGAAAAGAAGUACGCAUGCCCACAGGAUAUGCUGUGAAGUACACAAGAUACAUUACCAGUCAUGAGGAGGAGGAAAAAAGGCAUAGGAUGCAGAGACACUAAAGCUUCAGCUACUCAGGAAAAGAUGUACCCUUUUUGGUGAUCACAAAGUCAUUGUACCCAUCAUUGUUGGUAUGGUCAUUUUCUCUGCCACUCGAGCACUGUGUUUCUCCCCAUCUUUUAUUGAUUGUCGUUUGUCAAUCAGCAUGUCAGCCGAUGUCUUAGUUAUUUCAAAUUAUAAUAUCAACGAUGAAGGUGAGACCGAAGCCGGCGGCGAUCCUUUUCUGCCGGCCUUCCCAUUGACGAGUGGGGACUCCUGUACUGAUGAUGAGAGCAUGUCAUUUUCUGUUUUCGGCAUAUGUGCACAAGUGGCCUACUUAAGAAUUAUGAUGGUGUCAUCGAUGUAUUUUAAUCAUGGUUAUGGUCACCUCAUGGAUCAUAAUUUGUGUAAAGAAGAGUAGGCUGUCUAUGAGCUGAUGCUUCCGUUAAGCUUGUGAUCCAACGUGUGAACUGAACUUUUAAGCAUUAUGGUGGAGAAAAUAUUUACUGGACCUUUUUUGAUC